UUUUAACCAAUCAUACUAUUCAUCAUCACUUAUGUUAGUAAAACACAAUUUUUUCUUCUUCAGAAAUUGCUAUCCUCUUAACUUGCGGUGUCAUCUUCCAGAAUGUGGAACAACGGUUAUACAGGACAACAUGAUACAGCCCCAUAUAAUCAAUGGUCGUGACUCAACAGUAGAAGAAUGGCCGUGGUUUGGUGUACUAUUGAUGGAGGAAUUCUUUCUAUGUGGCGUGUCACUUAUACAUCCAUCGUGGGCUCUGACGGUGUCACACUGCAUACAUGAAUUUAAAGGCAAGAAGUUCAGAGUAGCUUUUGGAAUGAGCAAGUUUGGGUCUGGGGGAGAAUUUUAUCAAGAAAUAAAUGUUGUUAGAACUUAUGGGUAUGGAUACAUCCCCUCUGACUACCCAGCUCAUGACAUCACGUUACUAAAAUUAGAACAUCCGGUCAUCGUAAACAAUGUUACCCGUCCGUUGUGUUUGCCAACGAUGACGUCACUUGAUGAAGUCAUUAGCCGUGGGCCACAAGCUGAAUGCUAUGUUAUUGGACUAGGUUUAACGGAGCAGUAUUUUAGUGAUCCAAGCGUUGACGGAAAAUCACCGGAUGUUCUUCAGAAGAAAAGGGUUCACAUUGUAUCAUACGAAUACUGCAAACAAAUUUGGUUGUCCGAGACCGAGGGUGAUGGACCGUUCCCUACUGACGUUGUAUGCAUUGCCACAGAAGGUCCAAGUUCUCCAACAUGCCUCGGUGACUCAGGAAGUCCAUUAAUGUGUCGAACAGAUACUGGAAGGUGGGAACUUAUUGGUGCAGUAAGCUUCGGAUACGGAAAUUGCUUUCAUGACGUCAUACCGACAGUGAUGACGUCAGUCACGAACUAUAACAAAUGGAUAAGAGAUACAACAGGUAUAAAUUAAAACAAAACGUGCAACCAGACCAUCAGUUUUGUUUUGAGCUUGAUGACCUUUGUCAAAGAUACAGAGACAGCGUUGUGAUCAUAAUGUAAUACGUGUGUGAGAAAUGCAUAUGUUUCAACCAAUUUACGAUUGUUUAUUGAACAAUUUGAA